AAAACCUACAUGUCUGACUAAACAUUAGAUAUGCUUAAUGGGUUUGAAUAUAAACAUAUUGAUCCUGUAGUUAAUAUAAACAUCCAGGUAAAAGUAAAAAAUGGCGGAGAGACAGUACCAUUUGAAAUUUGACAACAAAAAUGCUCAGGCUGUGGACGAAUAUUUGGAAUACAAAAGAAUCGUUGGCGAUGAUGACGGAGGGGAACUCAUGACACCGGAUCAGUUUGAGGAAUACAAAAAGAAAGUAUUGCCAAUGAGAAUGAAAAACAGACUGUUCGUUAGUUACUCAGCACCCACUGGUAUGGACUGUAAAAUGAUCGGACCUGAAACGCCAUGCUUCUGUACGCAUAGAUACAAACAGCAUAAAACUGAUUUUGAAGUAAUACCUACAGAUAGACCUAUUAAACUUCCAUGCAGACAAAGGGGCUGCAAAUGUGCAACUUACCAUUUCGCUCCACUAAAUGGUAGUCAGCCAAUAAGAUGUACGUGCAAACACACGUCCGAAGAGCAUUCAGAAGAACAGCCUUACCGGUGCAAAAAACGAGGAUGUAUAAAAUGCACUGGGUUUACAAGUUCCUUCACCUGUGGAUGUGGAGGUUCAUACAAACAACACAAAAUGAUUGUAGAAACUGCUGAAGAACGCGAGGCCAGAGGUCAUCCAAUAGGACAGGCCACGCCUUAUGCUGCCAUGGGUGGAAUAACUGGCUUUUCGUCCCUUGCAGACGGAUAUAUGAGGCUAGAUCCUAGUGGUAGAGGUGCUCCAAACAAAGGUUUCCUUGAGCAGUCGAUUACAUCAGCCGACAACCCCUUCUUGCGAUCAAAUGUCCAAGCUAUCAAAUCUCAUCAAAUGCAGAAGAACAUGCUGAAAGGAGAACGGGGACAAAAUAAACAGCUGCAUGCUAGUGGAAUUGACGACCCAGACGAUGAAAUAUUUAGUGACCUAACUGAAAGGGUCUCUCAGAUGAAAAGACCAGGAGAGGCUGAUAUGGAUUAUUAUGAGAGAAGAUAUCAAGAAAGGAAAGCUGGCGGGAAAGGAAAUGCUACAGAUAGUUAUGGACAGCUUGGUGCAGGGCAAAGAAAAGCUAUUAAUGAUAAACCACGCUCAGCAAGAACUCCUCAACCAAAGAAAUAGGAUGUUUUUAUAUGUAGUUUGUUGUACAGUUAUAUCUUAGGACUUUUGCUUUUAGAAUCUUCUCGACUCAAUACAUUUAUAACAUAACAUUGUAACAAGCCUAACUAGUCAUGCAAAUUUUGAAUGUUAAGUCGUAUUUUCCUCUUUCGGUGUUUUGUGUUUGCAGCAUUAAGUAGUAUUUAUUUGAAUAGAAGCCUCGAUUGUUAAAAAGUAUUGAUUCGUGUUAAAACAUCAACAAGUACAAAUAUAGUAUGUAUAUGCAUUUGAUAUGAAACAUAUAAUAUCAACCAACUAAGUAUGAAGUCCUGUUUAAGGUGUAAAAACGGUGAAAAUGCAUUUCUUUCACUUUAAAUUGUAAUUUUUCUAAAAAAAAUUAUUAUUUUUAUUUUUAAUAACACGUUAUUGCUAUGAAUAUUUCUGUUUUAAUUAUAUAGGGUCACCGGAUUCAUUAAUUUCCCUAGAAAUUACUAUAAUAGAAAAACAAAGGAUGUGGGGUAUCCAUCCAUGACACAAAAUCAGUACAUGCACAGCAAAAAAAACCCACUAAAAGCAAAGGAACAGCGCUUGUAUUGUUGUUCUUCAUCUCAAAGUCACAGUGAGGCCUUGAAUACAGAGCUAAAAAAAAACCUCACUGCAAGUUUAAGUCUUGAUAGUAGAAUGAAAAGAGCGUUAAAAGGAUAAAACAGAGAUCUGUAAUAUUGCUCAAUUACGUAUACUUCGUGUUAAUGAAAGUUAUUAUACGGUUAUUGUAUAGAAUUAAGUUUUCUACCUGACAUUUUAUUGUAUGUUUUUAUGUACGUUUUGUUAACUACUGAUUGAGUAUAAAAAAGUGUUGAGGUCACAAAAAACUAGAAUAACUGGGCCCCGUUUAAUUUUAAUGUGCCUGUCCCAGUAAUUGUCGUAUGUCAUAUCUUAAUGUUUUCUGUUACUUGAUGAAAUGGGUGUUGAUGGCAUACAUAUUUAAUUCUUUCUGUUUAUUUUAUUUACAACAAGACUCAAGACAAUUUAGAGCUUGAAAUAUUUAUAGACAUAUGUCUAUUGUUGCAGGUAUGUCUAGGUGUGUUUUGGUUGUUUUUGUUGUUGUGUUGGUGUCACAUUGACGUUUACCCGCAUCUUCUUGUAUUCAUACUUAUGUCAGUAUAACCAGACUAUUUGAUGGGUAUCAAAUGAAGGUUCAAGUCGGUAUACAGUUUAACAAUUUAAUAAACGAUCCAACUUUAGCCCGGUGUUUACGGUUAGAAUACUUUUCCAAAACUGAAUAUCAAUUAUUUUUAAGAAGUAUAUAAAACAUAAUAAUAAAGAAAUACAUGUAACUACGGUUUAAGCAAUUAUUGUCCAUUGUUAAGAUAAUCUGCUAAAAACUGUCUUUGACACGUAGAUACGAAGUCCGUUAACGGAUUAAUAGAAGAAUACAUUUUAAACCAAAGGAUAAUUAUAUGGGAAAUUUUGAGCUAUAGAUGACAAUUAAAAAGAUAUAAUUCAUAAUGUCCGAACGAUGAUAGUCCAAAUAAUUGACAUGCUUUUUGUCCUGUCAUUUCAGUACCUCAUUGCUUAUUCGAUUGCUAUUUUCCCGUUAUCAUCCACAUUUUCAACUUGUGCAGCAUAGAUAGUUUAGGGUCAAGCUUUGCUAAUCCUUAAAGUACUAAGAAAUACUAUUGAAUUUGUCAAGACUUGCCAAUGAGAUAUCUGAUUUUGAACUGUUUCUAUCACCUUUAUUGUUUAAUACCCAAACGUCUGUUACGAUAUACUAUAAUAUGCAGAGGGACACGUUGGAGGGACAAUUUCCAACGUGACCAGCAAAUUAUUUUGUUAAAGUAUUAUUCAUUAGCUCAAGUGCUUGUUGCAAUCUGAUUCUACAGGAAAUAUAAUGAAUUGAUUCUUCAUAAGUAUUGUGUCUGGUCGUUGUACACUUAUAAUUGUUAUGAUGACGUAUAGUUUCCGUCCAUUUACAUUUUUCACUUGUUAACUAUAUCAAACUAUAUAUAGAUUUUUAUAAGACUGUGAUAUAUAUAUACUAGCUGCUUUAAGAAUUUUAUUAUAGGAUAUUUUCAAUAAAUUUACAUUAAAAUAGUUAA